CUCCCAGUCACAUUUUCUCCGGUGAGACAGUUCAAUCGAAUAUCAAAAUGAAUUCGCUGUGUCAUUUUCCUCCUCUCUACGUCCUCGUUUUCUCUCUCCUCACCCUCCAGUAUCUCACAACCACAACAGCAAAAUGCCACGUGGACGACAAAACCGGGUUAUUGGAUUUCAAAUCGGGUAUCACAGCUGACCCAUCCGGCCUGCUAGCCUCGUGGAAACCGGGUACAGACUGCUGCACAUGGUCAGGAAUAUCAUGCCAACCCGACAACCGGGUCACAAGUUUGACCAUUUUCGGACAACCCGACCAACCAAACAGCUUUUUAUCGGGUACCAUAUCAUCUUCGCUCUCCAAACUCCAGCAUUUGAAUGGAAUUUAUCUCCAAAAUCUCCGUAAUCUAUGGGGUACUUUUCCUAAUUUUGUUUUCAGUUUACCGAGAAUUCAGUUUAUUUACAUUGAGAACAACAGGCUCUCGGGUCAAAUACCAGGAAAUAUUGGUAACCUGACCCGACUGGAGUCAUUAAGCCUAGUUGGGAAUCGAUUUUCGGGUCGUAUACCGAAUUCAAUCUCUGAGUUGACUCAGUUGGGUCAGCUCAACCUUGGUGGCAACCUUCUCACUGGCACAAUACUGGAUGGCAUUCGGCGACUAAAGAACCUUACAAUACUGAGUUUGGGCCGGAAUCGACUAUCCGGUAGCAUACCAGAUUUUUUGGGAACAUUAACGGAGCUCCGAUUUCUUAGACUUUCUCAUAACAAUUUUUCGGGGAAAAUUCCAGGAAGCAUUUCAGCUCUAGCACCCAAGCUACUCAAUCUAGAGCUGGGGCACAAUGCUCUGAUUGGGCAAAUCCCAGAUUUUCUAGGAAAUUUCCAUGCACUGGACACAUUGGAUCUCUCAUGGAAUCUUUUCUCUGGAACCGUGCCAAAAACUUUUGAAAAUCUCACCAAGAUCUUCAAUCUUGAUCUCUCUCACAACUUUCUCGUCGACCCAUUUCCCGAUAUGAACGUUAAAGGAAUAGAAUCGUUAGAUCUUUCAUAUAAUGAUUUUCAUUUGGUAAAUAUUCCGUCAUGGGUUACUUCAUCUCCGAUCAUAUACUCCCUAAAGUUAGCCAAAUGCGGAAUCAAGAUCAAAUUGGACGGUUGGAAGCCAAAAGAGACCUAUUUUUACGAUUAUAUUGAUCUGUCAGAGAAUGAAAUUUCGGGUAGUCCAGUCGGGUUGCUGAAUAGAACGGAUUAUUUGGUGGGUUUUUAUGGGUCGGGUGAUCAGUUGAGAUUUAAUUUGGAGAGCAUGAGAUUUGUGAAGACCUUGAAGUAUUUGGAUUUUUCGAGGAAUUUGGUGUUUGGAAAGUUGCCCAAGGCUAUUUCCGGGCUUAAACUGGUGAAUGUGAGUCACAACCAUUUGUGUGGUCCGAUACCAGCGACGAAGUUACCGGCGAGUGCUUUUGAGGGGAAUGAUUGCCUCUGUGGUUCUCCUUUACCCCCAUGCAAAGUGUAGUCAUGUAAAGUCUGAGAUAAAAUCUCCUCCAAUGCAUAUUGUUACUAAAAAUAGGGAAAAUUUACAACUCGACCUCUGAGGUUUGUCAG